UGAUAAAAACUAAUCUCAUGGCGAAAUUAGUUUCUUUUAUUACCGUUAUAUGUCUUUCUCAACAAUAUAAGAUAUUUUUAGUGUAUAAUAAUAAAUAUAAUAACGCACACAUUGCAGAAUUAUGAGCAAAAAAGAAAAAAACAUAGAUAACAGAUUGAGGAACACUUGAGCAACCAUGUAGCACUUCAUGUAAAUUCCUCUCCUUUUAGUAUUGGUUUUCUUAUUUUACAUAUUUGUAAACAUAUUGAGUAAUGUUUUUGUGAUUGACGUCAUUCGUAAUCUUUUUCGGGCGAAAAGCAGUACGGAAGCAGCAAUCGAACACGGUACAUGCGAACGCGGACAUCAUAUAUCGUGGAUAUCGUGAGUGAAAGAGAAGUUAACAUUGAGAAAUUUGAUGAUUCAAUGAAAAAUUCUUUGAUAAUGUACAUACGUAGACAUAUACAUAUAUAAGCGGAUACGUUGUAAAUAGAAUGAUUGUACGUUGUAAAGAAUGUACCACAGCUAGCAGACUGUAGUUCAAUCUGAGCAAUAUUGAGAUCGCACACAAGCUGUCUUUACAAAGCAUACAAAAUGCUUCGUUUAGCAAGAAACAAGUUACUUAAAUGGGGUCUCGGAAAUAAUCGAACAGUCGCUACAUUUAAAGAAAACGAGACAAAGAACAUCGAUGUUCCUAGCAAUGCCGACGUUGUAAUAAUAGGUGGUGGUAGCGCUGGUUGCAAUGCACUUUAUCAAUUAGGAAAACGUGGAGUUAAUGCAGUACUUUUGGAAAAAUCUAAGCUUAUAUCUGGUACAACAUGGCAUACAGCAGGUCUCCUGUGGCAUCUACGCGGAAUAUGCGACGUUGAGACGGAAUUGAUAAAAGCUUCGCGAUUGCUUUACGCAUCUUUACAAGAAGAAACAGGUAUAAAUCCAGGAUGGAUAAACAAUGGUGGACUCUACAUCGCUUAUUCUCCUGAGCGAGUAGUCGACUACGAAAGAUUAAUUACUAGUUGUAAGAAUUUUGGUAUCGACGGGUACAUGAUUGAUCCAGUCGAGGCGAAAGAAAAAUUUCCCCUCAUAGAUAAAAAUGCAUUUCAAGCUGCGAUGUAUUGUCCAGCGGAUGGUACGAUAGAUCCUGCCAUGUUAGUAAAUGCAUUGAAAAAAUCAGCGGAAAGAAACGGUUGUAAGGUCAUCGAAGAUUGUCCGGUCACUAAAAUUCUCGUAGAGGAUAUUGACGGACAUAAAAUCAUUCGUGGAGUAGAAACGCCUCAUGGUAUAAUAAAAACGGAUGUUAUACUAAAUGCGGCAGGAGCAUGGUCCGGAACAAUAGCGCGAAUGAUAGGAUUGGACAUCCCAUUAGUACCGAUGAAACACGCAUACAUUGUUACUGAGCCGAUGAACGUACGAGGGUUGCCAAAUAUUCGAGAUCCCGAUUUUAAUAUCUACUUUCGAGUGCAGGGUGGAAAUAUAAAUAUCGGAGGAUACGAGCCUAAUCCUAUCAUAUUGAAAUUUCCGCCAGAAGACUUUUCCUUUAGUUUGUACGAGCUGAAUUGGGAUGUAUUCAAUACUCAUAUUGAAGCGAUGAACCGUUUGAUACCCACUUUAGCAACUGCUGGAAUAAGGACAACUGUAUGCGGCCCAGAAAGUUUCACUCCCGAUCACAGACCUAUCAUGGGUGAAGAUCCACGCUGCACAGGUCUUUAUUAUUCUUGCGGAUAUAAUAGUGCCGGGAUGAUGUUUGGAGGUGGUUGUGGAGAACAAAUAGCAUUAUGGAUAAUUAAUGGACGACCGGACAAACACAUGUUCAAUCAGGACAUCAGGCGAUAUAUACCAGAACAAAAAAAAAAUUCAAUUUGGGUGAACGAACGGAGUCAUGAAGCUUAUGCAAAAAAUUAUAAUAUUGUUUUCUCACAUGAUGAACAUUUAAGCGGUAGAAAUUUGAAGACAGAUCCUUUCCACAAUGUAAGUUAUACUUUAUGUUAAUUUAAGCUUUACUUUUCAAUUAGAUUGUACAUCCU